GACGUGCGGGGACCAGGAAGGUUUCAUGCGGUCUCCGCGGAGGCCGGGAGCGCGGGCGCGGGGCGGGCCUGCGGGUCGUCGGCCGGCGAGCGCGGGUCCACUCGGAUCCUCGUCAGGGUACAGCCCGGGAACUGCGGCCAGCCUGGGACACGCAGGGACACGGAGGGCGUGUGGCGUGGACACGCCGCAGAAAGUGCGGGCAGCGCUCCCCACAACCGCUGUGGUACAGCCCGGGCCCCUCGCCCGCCGUGGUGACGUCACGGCGCGGCUUCGUGGCCCCGCCCCCGAGGCGUGCGCGUGCGCGGCGCUUUUGCGGCAGCGCGUCGUGGGCGCGCGGCAGUGCCGUCAGAGAACGCCGGGCUGACGCGGCCGGCCCAGAUUGGAGACCGGCCGAUACAUGACGAUCCUCGCGGCAGCUGCGCCAACGCCGUUUUCUUGGACGCGACGCAGGGAGGGGCCCAGAAGCCCCACAUUGGCCCCCGGCCUCCUCACGACCCGGUACAAUGACCUCCUCGAGUGCCGGGGCCGCCUCGGAGGGCGUCUUUGACCUGGACUAUGCCUCCUGGAGCAUCCGCGGGACGCUGGCCAUCGCCGGCUUCGCCUUCUACCUGGGUGUCUUUGUGGUCUGCCACCAACUGUCGUCAUCCCUGAACGCCACCUACCGAGCUCUGGCGGCCAGAGAGAAGGUCUUCUGGGACCUGGCGGCCACACGCGCGGUCUUUGGCGUGCAGAGCACCGCUGCGGGCCUGUGGGCCCUGCUGGGGGACCCCGUGCUCCAGGCGGACAAGGCGCAUGGCCAGCAGAACUGGUGCUGGUUCCACGUCACCACAGCCACUGGGUUCUUCUUCUUCGAGAACGCUGCGGUCCACCUGUCCAACUUGUCCUUCCGGACGUUUGACGUGUUCCUGGCCGUGCACCAUCUCUUCGCCUUCCUGGGCUUUUUUGGCUGCCUGGUCAACCUCAGGGCUGGCCACUACCUGGCCAUGGCCACGCUGCUGCUGGAGAUGAGCACGCCCUUCACCUGCAUGUCCUGGAUGCUCCUGAAGGCCGGCUGGGCGGACUCCCUGCUGUGGAAGCUGAACCAGUGGCUGAUGAUCCACAUGUUCCACUGCCGCAUGGUGCUGACCUACCACAUGUGGUGGGUGUGCUUCUGGCACUGGGACGGCCUGGUCGGCAGCCUGUACCCGCCUCACUUUGCUCUCUUCCUCCUGGGACUGGCCCUGCUCACGCUGGUCCUCAACCCCUACUGGACCCACAAAAAGACCCAGCAGCUCCUCAAUCCCGUGGAUUGGAACUUCGCACUGCCAGAAGCCAAGAGCAGCCGGCCGGAGAGGACCAACGGCCAGGUGCUGCAGAAGAAGAGGUCGUAGCCACACUGGUGCCAGAUGGCACCAGGGGAUAGGGACACUCAGGCCGAGCCAGGUUUCGUGAAUGAUGGCUUUGGUGACAGAUGAGGUAGUGAACAUUGUGUGCUUAGUUCUAAGUUAAGUACUAACUCUCUUUCUCAUUAGCAUUAGUCUUGAAGUAGCCACAAAGUGUUCUUAAGACCUUGAUUCUCCUGAUUCACGGGGUUUUGCCAUAAUGAUUUCUUGACUGUUCUGGCAUCUUCCAGACCAGGGGUUGGCACCAGGGAAAGGCCACGGCGUCAAGCCUUGCAGGCUGUCGGGGGUUGGCUUUGUGUGAAUACUUGAAGUGGCUUCAUAUUGAAGUGCCACGUGGUGGGUGGGGCCGGGUCGGCGUGGACUUCCCAGUCCCUGCUCACGUUGUAUGUGUCCUACUCAGAGCCAUGUUCAUUGUAGUGGGAGAGAAUUGGCCUAAGAGAGAAAAUGAUUUGUCACCCUUGUUAGAAUUCCCCAUUGUAGGAAAUUUAAAGACCAGGUUGCGGCAGCGCCACCUAGUGGCAGCAGUUGCACAGGCACCGUCCUGGGGUCGUGACCCCCUGGUUGAGUAGAGGCGAGGUGGGGUUUUGCUACCCUGACAAGGUGUGGGGGGUCCAGGUGAAAUCUUGCAAGUUUUUAAAAUCACUGAACCUAUUUUAAAAUGAGAAUUUUAAAAUUCAUAUUGUAUUGCUCAAUUGACAAAAUAAGGUAGGUAUUUGGUGUUCAGAUUGUCUAGAAUUUAGAGCCAUUUUUAGUUAACUGAGUUGCCCAUAAGUGCGCAAACUAGAACCUAAUUUCUUGGUCGGUGUUUCUCUGUCGGUUUCAAAAUGAGGGAGUGAUGAUGUUUCCCUCGAGCUGUAGGGUGGGCCUGGACCCUCAGGGACGCUUAGUGGCAGGCCUGGGGUCCCUGGAAGGGUCCCACGGCAGCCCCUGCCCACCACGGCCUGGGGACGGUCCCAGAGUGCGUUGUUUUACUGUUCUGUGCCCAGGUAGAAUUCAGAUACCAAUUUAGCAAUUUCAUUGACAUGCAGACCCAAUUCUUUUUGCCAUGAAUAUGCAAUUCAAAGUCAAAGCUUAUUUUUUACCAAAAGCACCAUUGGAGUGUUUGUGGAAAGCACAAAUUUGUUGCUCAUGAAAAUCACGUGUGACAUGCUCGUCACAUAUCAUGGAACUCGCAGAAUAGUGUAUUUUGAUCAUCGGUGCUUUGACUUUAUUGAUGAUACCUAGGUGGAGGUAUUUAUCUUAUUUUAAGAAAUGAUCUAAAUCUCAGCCGUAUGCAGCAGACGACUUCCUUACUGAGACUGAGGACUGGAACCCAGGCCCUGCGUCCGGCUCUCUGCGCCGAGCCCAUCCCCACACGUCGGCAGCCGGGCGUCCCUCUGCUGGGCGUGGCUUUAAUAAAGUGACGCUACUCACAGAACCCACCUGGUGUCGGCUCCUGUCUCAGACGUGCUGACGUUCACAGCUCUGUGACUGUGUCGUGUCUUGAAGGCACAAAGUGUCCCGACAGAUCUUUACCUGCUCAAAAUUCGGUUUGGGGUUUGUAGUGUUUCGUCUGGUUUUAUCCGAUGAUCACUAGGACUUUGACCUUCCUGGGCUCACGUGUUACUUUCUGCGUCUGAACACGUGUAGAUGCACAGGCGGGAGGCCACACAGGUUGGCGCUCCCUGCUGACCGGGACUUCUCAAAGGGGCGCGGGGCCGAGGGUGUUUGGAUGGUAGAGUCUGUUUGAGCCACGUGAUACGGAACCCCUUCCAGACUGCACAGCACCUCACCCGGCCACGGCCCCGUGGGGCUGUCUGCAGUCAGCACGGCCUCGGUGGCUCGCAAGGCGUGUGCAGCUAGUGCGCGUGCUUUUCACAACUCAUGCGUCGUCUAUUAGGGUGAGAGCAGAGGCUGAACUGGGGAGUCCACAUAAAAGUCAGGAAUUCUAGAAUCUCUCGGAAACUGGGAGGAUGGGUGCAAAACUGGCCUCAACCUGCACAGACAACAGGUGUCCCAGGCGGCAAACACUCUGCCUCAGCCUGGCCACAGACUCCAGCCUGACCUUGUCGUGGUCACUUGUCACUGCACUUUCUCUUUCCCAUGUUUUUUUUCCCCCAAAUUGGAAAACAAGAUGGGCCGAGGCCGUCAAGUGAUCCAGGAGCAGUGGGACUGAGUGCGUUUUCUCUGCCUGGGGAUGACGUUUCUGGCCUGGGGUUGGCCGGGCUGUGUCCCACCCCCUCUUUACUAAGCCAAGCCCAGACUUCCACGGAUGUGAAGUGGUGCUUUCAGGUCACCUCUGUCUGCACUAACUUUCUUCAUAUUUGGCUCUAAUGCAGCAAGAGCUUGCUCAUUCAAUAUUUUUUAAAAUAAAUUUUCUCCUUUUUUUGGUAACUAAAGUGUGCUGUGUAUAUUCCUGUUUCAGUAACAGAAUGCAGUGAUGUGAAAAAUUUAGAAAUCCCUAUUUUCUUUUUUUUGGUGACUCAACCGUCAGGAGUUGACUCGGGGCAUCUGGGGCCAGCCUGGCCUGAGUGCCAGCCCGGGGGGGGGGGGGGGGCAAGACGCCACACCCUUUCUUCCAGAAACACCCAGGGCACAGGCGCCUGGCUUCACAGGACACUUCUCCCUACUUGGGCAGCAUGAAUUCGUUUCUCGUCUCCCUGAGCAGACCCCUCCCCCGUGUGGCACCUGGCGUGUCCGACAGGUGCAGCAUUGCACUCCCAUCUCUCUGAAGCCUAGCGUUUCCCAUCACGUCCGUGUUUUACACCCACAACCCCGAACCCGAGAGAGAUGGCAAAAAAAAAAUUAACCCAAAGUUAAAUCCUCAGUUAUUACAAAAAGUCAUUAAAAUGUCAAGUUUUUCAAUCUGAAAGGUCUCUGCCAAAACUUUACAUAAAGAACAUUUAUGAUCCCUGUGACUUUCACAAUAUUUACUGUGUUGUUUUUCAGACUGACACGAAAUCCCAGUUGGAACACGGCACAUUUCAGCCACAGUUUCUUGGUUACGAUGAAUUCCCAAGCAUAUUUGGUCAACCUCAGAUACUUUGUUUUUACGCAAAACAAACACAGAGCUGAGCAAGAUGUCCCAGUUCUACCAUGGGACCCUCUGGCCGCUGCAGUAGUUGCGUCCCUUCACCUGUAUGACCCUCAGCAGCUCACGGUGGUCACGCUCGCCGUCAGGAACUCUUCUGAGGGUUCAGGCUGCCGUCCACAGGGCAGGCCGGGGAGGGGAAGGAGGCAGAGGAAUGCCCCCUAGUGCCACUGUCUCUGUCACCUUCUGUGCCCCUCUGCCUCCUCCCACACCUGUGUUCUGCGCACUCGGUCCCAGCCUGUCCCUGCUCAGCCAUGUGGACUUGCCCGACGUUCUGGCCCGUGGAGCUGCCCGGUCGGGCAGAGGCCCCCUAGUUCUCGUUCAGGCUCCCACACACAUCCGUCUGCCCCGCCUAUCCCCGCUGUGAUGAUCACCUCCCCAGGUCUCCCGCCAUCUGGGCUACUCGCAGAGCCAGCCACUCCUCUCAGGUAGCCACUCCUCUCCUGCACCUGUGUGCGCCGAAGCCUUUCUUGCCUUCAUGCCGUAGCAGAGGCUCUCCCCGCUCUGAGGCCAUCUCUGUCCUGCGAAGGGGACCCCGGCGCCCCUCCCACAAGGUCCAGUGCGAGUGAGGCUCCUGCCGGGGAUGCGGUGGGGGCUCCGCAGAUGCAGCUCCCGCUUUGUCAUGUAGUUCUUCUUUCUGAUUAGACCAGAAGCUCCUUUAACCAGAGGGGAAAUCUACCGCUUAAUUUCCCUUCUUACAGCAGGUCCCAGAGGCUGUGGAAACGCACCCUCCUCGUCCUCCCCCGCACCCGGGCUCCACACAGAUGCUCUCGGCAGACACGGGGCGGGCCAGAGGUGUCCCGGGGGGUGGAGGGGAUGGCGGGGAGGUCUCCUGGGCUUUUCUUUCUCACGAGUCCCCACACACUGCCUCGCACACUCACACACCCGCACUCACACUAAACGUGCAGCCACCCACCGCCCAGGUCUGGCCACUCUGCCGCUGUCUCUUCGAACCUCCAGCAGCUGAUGACACAGCGUUUCCUAGUUCCUUAAAAAAUACUUGUUCAAACACGAUGGCUCACACCUGUGAUCCCAUCACUUUGGGAGGCCCAUACAGGAGGAUUGCUUGAGGCCAGCAGUUCGAGACCAGCCUGAGCAAUGUAGCAAGAUGUCAUCUUUAUUUGAAAAUAAUAAUAACUAAAGGAAUCCAAAGAGUGUCCACAACUUCUCACCAUCACGUCCCGCACUCGCGAUGGCAGGGAGGCCCGUGCCCUGCCGCCCUCCUGUGCCCCACCUGUCACCGUCUGUGACAGGUGACACCGCCCUAUGAAGCCUCGGGUCCAGCCCGGGCCAUUCCUCCCCGUCUGACAACCACCCUUUCUGCCUUGCCAUGCUUAGUCCUCUAUCGCGCUGUGAAGCCUCUGCCGUUAAAAUGUCCUGGGAUCACUCCCUGCAGCAGCUGCCACUGCUCAUCUUUCUAGAAAACCCAUCUGAGAGGGCUUUCUGCACGCUACCCGAUUCCUCUUUCCCUGGUCUCUCUUGGGCCCUUGCCAACCGCAAGCCCUCUGCCCCACCACACCUGCCCUGUCCCCAGGUGCCACCGCCACUUCCUGAGCCACCGCACCUGCCCAGCAGCGGCAUCUGCCUUCCAGCCGCUUGCUCGUGGGGGAGGGCUUGGGGCCUCCUCCCUCCGCCUUCUCUCACCCUCCGAACCCCCUCUCUGCCCACACGCUGCUCUCAGGGGAGCUCGCCUGCGCCGCACAUCUAUGCCCACAGCCCCCGAGACCUUGUCUCCAGCGUGUCGCUGCCCGGCUCCGACCUCAGUGCCCAGGCCAAGUUGGAUUUCCCCUCGUGACUCGCUCUUCCCCCUCUGGUCAUCUCCACCUAGCAGAGGGUGCAUCUUUCCUUACAGCUGUUUCAGCCAAAAUGCUUGGGAUUUAUUUUGACUCCUCCAUUUCUCUUCAAAGGGUGUCCAGCCCAUGGGCACGUCCUGUCCGCUCAACCUGCAGACCGGUCACAUUGUUGCCAUUUCCAUGGACUUCCUGAGACUGUAGCAGCUGGCAAUUCUCUCUCUCCCCACAGACACAAAGUAUAUAUACUGUGUACUUUGUAUGCAUAAAAAAUGUAUACAGAUAAAAAAUAGCGUAUACAAUGAGAGAUUUUAAUCAAUAUAUAUAAUUUUUAUUUGUCAACUGAAAAAUGAGAAGGAAAACAUGGCUAAAAAGUAUUGGGUGUGUGACUCAAGAAAUUAGAAGUUGAAUAACAGAACCAACCAAAAGUAAAUAGAAGAGAGAAAAUUAAAAGAAGGCCAGAAAUUAAUAAUAUAGAAGACAAUAAUAAUACCAGAGUGACAGAUCACAAAAUACAUUUUGAAAAGACUAAAUACUUGAAAAAUUCUGGCAAAAACAGAUCAAAGGAAAAAGAGCGAGCAAAGGCACAGACAUGUGAUCCCAGGCGCGAUGGCACGGAGUCCCAGCAUGUCCCGGCACGGCCCGAGGCCCUGAGACUGUGGUGUCUAUGGCAGAAGGGCCAGGGCAGGUGUGACUGCGGUGAGGACCUGGGGUACGUGCAUCCUGGGCUAUGGGGUGAGUCCGCUGCGUUCCCAAGUGUCUGGAGGGGGUUGGGGAAUUAAGCAAUACCGAUAAACCCAAGAUUCAGGAUUUUCUAUCACCACUGUGGAGGAAGGAAGGAUGCAAAUGGGGAUAUUGGUAAUAUAUUAAUCUUCUAUUUUUGAGCUGGCUGGCAGGCACAGGGGCAUUCCUCCUGUUACUCUUCAUUUCCUGUGCACCAGCUGUAUGUUACUCCACACGUGUGGACUGUGUUGCAAGUCCUCAGGCUACGCUGACAUGGCACGGGGUUAGAAACUGGCCUUGUGAGUGUGCAGCCCUGUGUGGGUGAAGGACAGAGACACCACACAGCAGGCACUGUCUGUGGGACACUGAGGUCAGUGUCCAGCCGAGUCCUGGGUCCCAGCACACAGCCCUAACAAGUUGCAUGCUUUAUCCACAGUUACCCUGCUAGUUGCAGCGUGAUGAGUAAGACUUGCAUGUAUCUCUUUUAUUUUAAGCCCCAAUGCACAUGUAAUUACAAUAGGAUGUUGCAUCUCAUAAAUACUAUUUAACUGUUCUAUCGGCUAAGAUACCCGUGUCUGUUUUCAGAAGAGGAAAUGCUUAGGCAGUUUUAGCAACAGCACCAUUUCCCCCCCUCAGAACACUUUGUUAGGAUUGUCCAUCUUCCGCCACUCAGCGGUCUUGUCCAGGCUUUACGUGGGAAGGAAAUAGGAAAGGGGACUAAAACAGCAACGUGGUAAAAAUAGACUGAGUACCAGUCUUUGUACAACAGCUUUAACUCUUGGCUGGGCCUCCCCCGAGGUGGCCAGCCUUGGAAGAGGCAGGCUGGCGCACUGGGUUUCGAGAAUUGCUUCUCAGUGGUCUGUCUGUUAAAUAUUUUCAUUCUGUCAGAAUCAAAUUUGAGGACAAUCAGGUAAAAAUUGAAAAAAGUUAAUUAAAAUGUUUGAUUAUGGGUGUGACAGAAAAGCUGAAUACACUAAAAGCAAGGUACCUCAUCGGUGCGCUGAGCCCCUGCCUCUCGGCGUCUGCGUCCCAGAGCUCGCAUCCGGGCGGAUUCCCAGGCUGCAUCGCCCCAGCACACAUAAAACCUAAUACAUCGAUCCCGCGCAUCUGAGAUGACAGGAAACAUGAAACAGUGUUUCCAUACACAGAGGGAAACCAGCGAGAGAAGUGAUAGGAAAAGCUAGAAUUUAUUUUAAAUUUAUGUUAAAUGUUGAUGCUCCAAAACAGUAGGCUGAAUUGGGGGAGUAAAGAGGAAAGACUAGGGGACGGGAAAGGCCUGCGGGGGCGAUGAGCGGCACCUAAGACUCGGCGUUUCAUGUUCUGUUAAACCCUCUGUUACUUGGCUGCCCGAGAACCUCUGGCACAGCUCACCCUCGCGAGCUCACUCUUUGGAGGUGUAAUUUGUGUACAGUAAAGUGAACCCGCCACUUUAAACGUCUGGGGAGGUGAGUUUUUGGAAAUGCACCCACAGGUGUCACCAGUACCUGACCAGGUCACUCGCCGUCUCCACGACCCCAGGAUCCCUUUGCGCCAUCCCAGGAAGUUCACCUGGCUCUCACCCUCGCUGACACUCUGAUUUCUGCUACUCUGGAUUAUUUUUGCCUGUUCUAGAACUUCACAAAGGGGAAGACCUAGUCUGACCUCUUGUGUGUUAUGUCUCUUUCACUUGGCAUAAUAUUGUGAGAUUUAUCAAUAUUGUCCUUUUUUAUUGCUGUAAAAUUCCACUGUGUAGCUGUAACAUGAUUUGUUUGUCUGUUUGCUUAUUGAUAGGUUGUUUCCAGUUGUGAUUAUUUGAAUAAAGCUGCUAUGAACAUUC